UUGCCACUUGCAAAACAUCGAGCUUUGCAGCCGCCCGCUUGGCGUAUAGGCUUGGAGUAGAAAUGUUUAAGUAUGAGCGUCGCCCGUGGAUAUUGGAAGGUUACGGCCGGCCGCAGAUUGCUUCAAGAAAGAGUCCCAGAUAUUUCCAUUCGAUUGAGGUGUAAUAUUUUUUUAAAAUAAGAAUUCUUACGUCGGAGCAAGAAUAUCCAAAAUAAAAUGUUGGUUUCUAAUUUGUUUACGACGGUGGCAUUUGGCACGGUUGUGUGUGCGAGGGCUGUUGAAAGGAGUGACCGUGAGUAAUUCUAGGUUUCCUAGCAUUCCAACUUCAUCCCAAUUCAUCGUCAAUUAUUAUUUCCAUGGGGCUUCUUCCCACCCAGAUCACCUCGAAAAUAUGACGGAAGCUAACAAUUUGUCACAGGCUCAUCUCAACAACCCAUAACCGAUCCCUCUUUGCCUCGUCCAAAUCCUUCGUCACAAUUUUGCAUUUUCACGCCAUCGCUUCCAAUGCCACCCGUUUCCUUCACAUCCACACUUCCUUCAUCUCUUCACCAUCAUCUUCCGAACGUCCUUCUCUCCCAUUCAUUCUUUAACUCCAAUCUCCCAGCUUCAGGCUCCACGGUUCCCAUGAUCUCAAGUCUCGCUCUCCGAAGAAACCGGCGACGCUUCUCUUCAAGGAAUCUUCCUCGGUCUCGUCUACACACCCAGUAGCAGUAAAUCUUCCUCUGCACCUCCUUCCACCUCUCUCCCAAAGCCGCAGGAAUCAAAACCGGAAUCAAAAUCCCAUCGCUGUUCUCGACCUUCUAAAUCUAAAGUGGAUGAACAAGACGAUUUCGAUAAAUCGUGGGGUCAUAUUAGUAAUCAUGAGAUUCGUUCCCCUAUUUUGUCGGUACCACAGUCGAGUCCCUCCAUGGAGAUGAGAAGAUGUUUUACAGAGGCAGUGGAGGGAAUAAGGGGGAGUGAAAUGGUGGAGGGUACGUUAAAUUUUCCGGAGGAUGGAGGACGGAUGCGAUUCUUGAUUUGGCGGGUUGAUUGAGUAAUGUGAAUGAAAUAUAUCUAAUUUCACGAAUUGGCUGUUUAUGAAUGGAUGGAUAUGGUACUGGAAUGGCGAGCGCGGAGAGUUCUUAAAACAAUUGGCGUCAGGACAUGAAUUCUAUUAUUUUUAUUUUGGCGUAUAUGAUAUUGUUGGAGCCGGACUUGACAGAGAUGAGAUAGGAUGGAUUGUGUGUAACAAUGAUUAAGCAUAAAUCUAUUAACUAACGACAAUAAACGACCUCGUAAAAGAGGACUGCUAGGAUUCAUCAGUCAUACAAU